AUGUCGGUAAUAUUGGCCUCUGCGGGCUACGAUCACACAAUUAGAUUCUGGGAUGCUUUAACUGGUGUUUGUUCAAGAACGAUUCAACACACAGAUUCACAAGUUAAUAGAUUGGAAAUUACGUCAGAUAAACGAUACCUUGCGGCAGCUGGUAAUUUAUACGUUAGGUUAUAUGAUAUUAGACAAACAGGAAACUCAGGGAAUACAUCUGAAGCGAAUGCUGGUGGUAACAAUAGUAAUAACAAUAAUUCGAAUCCUGUUAUGACAUUUGAGGGACAUACGAAUAAUGUUACUUCCUUAGCAUUUCAAGUCGAUAAUAAAUGGAUGGUGUCGUCGCUGGAAGAUGGUAUGGUUAAAGUUUGGGACGUCAGGUCGCCAUCUGUGCAGAGAAAUUAUAAGCAUCAUUGUCCAGUUAACGAGGUGGUGAUUCAUCCGAAUCAAGGUGAACUUAUUAGUUGUGAUCAAGACGGUAAUAUUAGAAUUUGGGACUUAGGCGAAAACCAAUGCACUCAUCAUUUAAUCCCUGAGGAUGACGUCCCGAUAAAUUCCAUAUCGGUUGCCAGCGAAGGAUCCAUGUUGGUUGCUGGAAAUAAUAAGGGAAACUGCUACGUCUGGCUGAUGCAAAACCAGAAAGAUAUUACAUCUUUAACCCCUGUAACAAAAUUCAGAUCACAUCUGAAAUAUAUCACAAGAGUUGUUUUACUGACUGAUAUGAGGCAUUUAGCUACUUGUUCCGCUGAUCAUACGGCAAGAAUCUGGUCAACUGAACAGAAUUUUAGUUUGGAGACAACUCUACAUGGGCAUCAGAGAUGGGUAUGGGAUUGUGCAUUUAGUGCUGACAGUGCAUAUUUAGUUACUGCAUGCUCUGACCACUAUGUGAGAUUGUGGGAUUUAUCGAAUUGUGAAACUGUUAGACAGUACAAUGGACAUCAUAAAGGUGCUGUUUGUGUUGCUUUAAAUGAUGUUUAA